AUGGAUUCCAAAGGAGCACGCGUUGACGACACCGGGGUGUCAAGCCCGACAACCUCAUCAAUCUCUGGUGAUCAUGUCAAAGAUCCCGAUCAGGCAUACACUUUUCUCAAGCAACUAGGUGAAAAGGAUGGCCGUCAUUCUGAAGUCAGCAUCAAGGCCAUUCGUCGCAAGGUGGAUUGGAGGAUUGUUCCCAUCAUGUUCCUCUGCUACACAAUGCAGUUCAUCGACAAAGUGUCCCUCAACUAUGCCGCCGUGAUGGGCCUUGUUCCAGAGCUGAAACUCCGUGGAAAUGAUUUUACCAAUGCUGCAACUGCCUUCUUCAUUGCCUAUCUAGUCACCGAAGUCCCAACGGCCUACAUACUCAACAAAGUCCCACCCGGAAAGUACCUUGGGAUCAAUGUUGUGCUCUGGGGUAUCGCUACCGCAUGUACUGCUGCGUGCCAUAACUACUCGUCCUUGCUUGCAGCACGCAUUUUCUUGGGCAUCUUCGAAGCCGCGAUCGCUCCAUGCCUUAUGCUCAUCAGCAGUCAGUGGUACACCAAAGCUGAGCAGGCCCCUCGCUUCAGUUUCUGGUACUGUGGCCUGGGCAUCGGCCAGAUCCUGGGUGGCAUUAUCUCCUACGGUUUCCAGCAAGUAACCCACACCAGCUUCGCUGGCUGGCGUAUCAUGUUCGUCUUUCUUGGUGUACUCACCGUUAUUAUCGGCACCAUUGCCUUCUUUUUCCUUCCGGAUUCGCCAAUGAAAGCGCGCUUUCUGACCGAUGACGAGAAAGCUGCUGUUCUGCACCACACUGCCGAGAACCAGACGGGGAUCCAAAACACCCACUUCAAGCUUGCACACAUUUGGGAGGCACUACUCGACGUACAACUUUGGCUGAUGACGCUGAUCACCAUCCUCAUUUCGAUCUCAAGCGGUGUCGUGACCACGUACAGUGCCACUUUGAUCCGCAAUAUUGGCUACAAACCUGACAGCGCGGCGUUGCUGAACAUGCCAUCUGGCAUUGUUUCCAUCGUGGCCACCCUCGGUGUCGGUAUCGGUGUCAGGUACAUCGGUGCCGGCCAUCGUUGGUUUUGGCUUGUGCUAUGCUGUGUUCCUGGCAUUCUAGGUGGCGGGCUCAUGUCGUUUCUACCAUCCGGAAAGACAAAUGCGAACAAGGCUGGCCUCCUCGCAGGCGUUUAUCUGGUAAACAGCGUUGUUGCGACGUUGAUCGUUUUGUAUCAGUGGACUGCCAGCAAUGUGGCUGGUCAUACAAAGCGGGUAUUCAGCGUAUCAUUGAUAGCCGGCGCAUUCAGCGUUGGAAACAUUAUCGGGCCACAGACAUUUCAGGCAAAAGAUGCUCCGCAGUUCAUCCCAGCGAAGAUUACUGUACUGGCAACCCAAAGUGCAGGCGCUCUAAUGGCAUUUGUUCUGUUCCUCUACUACCGCUGGGCGAACGCCGCAAAGGACAAGAAAAUGAGUCAAGUCGCAGGCAGCGAGAGAGGACAGUGGGAUAACCUGACAGACAAGGAGAACCCAACCUUCAGAUACGUGUACUGA